AUGGCGUUUGUAGUACGCGAAGUAUCGGAUGACGAGAUACCCCGGGUAUGCGAGAUUGAAAGCGUGUCGUUCAAUGACGGUCCUCUUGCCCCGAUCCUCGCGCCAGGCCCUUUCCCUGAAGAUGGUACGGAGGAGCAGGUUGAGCAGUGGAUCAAGACAAGAAAAGAAAAUUCCUCGAUUCGUUACAUGCAGGCAUAUGACGAAGCGGCGGGCAAGAUGGCCGCAUUUUCGCAAUGGUACAUCUUGGACACCCCAGAGGCAGUGGCUACUGCUGCUCGCCCGUCCCCGCCGACCGUUAUACCUGGCAAAAACGCCGAGGCAUGCUCGCUGUUUUUCAGUAGCAUGGUGGAGCAAAAACGAGCGAUUCUAGGAGACAAGCCUCAUAUUUAUCUUCGGCUACUCCUUACAGACCCAGCAUUCCAGGGUCGCGGCGCAGGCAGUCUUCUGAUGAAAUGGGGAAUCGAAAAAUCCGAAGAACUCGGUCUCCCUAUUUAUCUGGAAUCUAGCGAGGCGGGAUAUAAGUUUUAUCAGAAUCGCGGAUUCAAGGAUGUCGAGGUUCUUGAGAUUGAUUUUAGACCUCAUGGCGGGCCCAUCCAUAAGCAGCCUUUGAUGAUGCGUUUUCCUGGAGAGGCAUAGCAAUUCUUGCUGUGUUAUAUACCCUCGCUCCUUGGACCAUGAAAGCCAAUGAAAAGCCUGUAUAGAUAGCGUGAUGGAUAAUUCCUUUACUCGGGAACUGUAACGAAAUACACACAGCCU